AUGAACUCGUUUUUAUGGGGAGACGUAGAGGAGGAUCUCCUACGCGAGAAAUUACGCCAAUUAAAACGACUGCAGGAGAUAAAGACCAACGACUUGGUCAGCAAUUAUUUAAUUCAUUUCAUCCUGCUGGUUAAUAAAAUCAUCGCGAAGAGUGAAGAAGCCAAACGAGGGGCAGAGUUGAAGCAGGAAAGGAAAAAAAUCGAAGAAAAUAUACAUAAGAUAAAGAAAAAACUAACGGAAAGCAAACAUGGAGAGAGUUUCAAACGGGAGGAAAUGUCGUACCAGCCCGAUGGCUGGAGUCCAUUGGAUGGGGGAGAUGACUUGAGGGAAAAAAUAUCCGACGAGUUAACUGCGGAAGAGGACAACGACGCUGGUCAGGUGGACAAGAAAUGUAACUUUGCCCAACUGUGCGAGGACCUCACGGAGGGGUUCCACAUGUGCAUAUCGCUGCUGCUGAGGGGUAUGGAGGAGGGUAGUAGGGGCAAACCUAUCGGCGAGGAGGGGGGUGGUGCGGGUGACGAUGGGAAGGUGGGCAGAACGGAGCAGAGCGGCGUUAGCAGCAGUGGGAGUCCCACCCGUGACAGCCCCAUGAGCGGCACCCCCAUCAGUGGAAGCUCCAUGCGUGGCGGUUGCCCCUCUGCGCGAAGGGAACGGUGGGCCUUCCACCUCAGCCUGCUGUACCUCGCGCUCUGCUUUUAUCACAUGCACCUCAUAAGUGACAAAAGGGAGAAGAACCACCUGCACGUCAGUCUCUUCCUCCUUCUGGUUUCCUUCCCGCACUUUAGGGACAAAGAAAUUGAGCACUACGUGUGCGUAGACGGAAAGGUCUACCUCAGGUUCGACGUGUCUGUGGCGAGGCUCCUGUCCCGUGUGUGUAAGAUCGUGGGGUUGAAUUGUAAACGGGAAGGGGACGCCUACUCCUGCUUGUUCUUCCUAACGCACAGUUUUUUGUUCGUCCAGUGUGCUCACCAGGGAGGGGGUGCGCCGGAGGGAAAAGGGGCAGACGCGGAGAAGGGUGCAGAAAAAGGCGCAGAAAAGGGUGCAGAAAAAGGCGCAGAAAAAGGUGCGGAAAAAGACGCAGAAAAAGGCGCGGAUAACAGAGAGGGAGAGAAAAAAAAAUACAACUCCUUCCAAGAAAUGAUAAACAUUGUCCAGCACAUCAACCAAGUGUUCCUCGAGUUUAAUAUCUCCACGGCGUCCACUUUCCUUGCGAUGAAAAGUAUCGACUUGCACUCCUUCCUCCUGAGGAGUGACAUAGAGGAGGUGAGGAGGAAGUGCAGGUCGAUGUCUCUCAUCGCGAGGGAAGAGCCCCCAGCGGGAACCCCCAAAGAGAGCCCCCAGCAUGGGGAGCUUGUCUACCUGAAUGAGGAGUUAACACAACAGGACUGCCAUUUUUAUGGGGACCCCAGUUGUGUCGGUGCAAAGGAGGGAGAAAAAAGGAUCGACGCCCAUGCCCAGAUUGAGAAAAAGCUGAACAAAAUAAUGGAAGCAGCCACGUCCCUGUUCGACAGCAUAAACGAAUGCAUCUACCUCUUCAUAGAUCUGCAUUUGCUUAGCAUUUACGAGCACCUUGUUUUGUUUUCCCUCUACAUGAUGAAAGACAUUAGUAAGUUAUUUCAUCAAUACAAAGGAGAAGAAAAAAAAAAAAAAAAAAUUUCGCAACGGUAUAAGUAUAUGGCAUACAGGAACUUGCUCGAGAUUUACAUUAUUUAUUUGAAGCACAAUUAUUUGCGUUAUUCGAAGAGGGAGGGAGGAGACGAUGAUACUUACGCAAGGUCGUGUCAGAUUUAUGGACGUAUGGAGGAGGUCAAGCGGACCAUUCGUUCGUUUCUUCAAGGGUGUGGUGGUAGGAGGAGCACACAUAUGGAUAGUCACUCAUUGGAGAGAAAAAAAGAGAACGUAGGAAAGAAGCAAAACACGAAAGGGAGAAGUUGCAGAGAAGGGGGGGAAAUCCGCAGUAGGGAGUACUUCCACAGAAACAAAAUUUGCAUUCGCGGUAACGUCAUCGACCAGGGAGAGGAUGAUAUGGGAGCAGCUGCCUUCCUGGAAAGCACCAUACGGGUGAGCACCUCUGAUGUGAAGACUAUGCCAAAUGAAGAACCUACUCAUCAUUAUUCACGUCGAGAGAAAACUCCAUCAAAACUGCUUCGAGACGUCUUCUCCCUCCUGGGCGAUAGCAACAUCCCUUACGAGUUUAUACGAGAAAAAAUUGUGCACAGUAAUACGUUCAAUUUUGAUGUGGAUCAGGAGGAGGAGGUGGAACUGGGGCGAAGUCAGUAUGUCCUCCCUGGGGUCAAUGAGCAAAUGUCCUUUUCGACUUUCCUUCGGGGGAAAAUAAAACAAGUGGAUGGCUUGGUGGGGGAGAUUUUCUCCCUGGUUUGGGCGGAAGCCACACGGGCGGGCGCUCACCCCUGCACAGUAGCAGCAGCAGCAGAAGUGGCAGCACUAAACGGCGCUAUCGAAGCUAAAGCAGUGACCACCGAUACCGAAGCUAAAACAGUAACCGCCGCUUUCGAAGAUAAAACAGUAACCGCCGCUAUCGAAGCUAAAGCAGUAACCACCGCUGCCAAAGCUAAAGCAGUAACCACUGAUACCGAAGCUAAAACAGUAAGCGCCGCUACCGAAAGGACGGGCGAUGCCCCACACUGGGUGGACAUCCACCUGGGAGAGGACCACGCCGCGGAUUUUCUCCAAAUCUUCCAAUUUGAAAGAGUUAACCUGCCGCUCAUACAAUUCGACGUGUGUAACUUUAGCUACACAGAGUACGGUAAGUUAGCCACGGGUAAGAUGAAAAAGGUGUACAAAGGCUUCUCCAAGGGUAGGGCUGACCAACAGUCUGAGCAGUGGCAUCUCCCUUCUGUGUGUACCCCCCACGGAGAGGAACAAUCCACCUGCACAGGGCAAUGCAAACAUGCACACUACCUAUGCCACAAUUUUGACCAAAUACAGUUUUUAUUUAAAAAGGUGAAAAAAUAUAAAAAAAAAACACUCGCAUAUUUCUCCCUACACAAAGAAACAACAUUACAUUUGGAUAUCCUCCUGAAUUCAAGUGAGUCUUAUUUUUACUUUAAUUUUUUUACCAACUCGUAUGAGGAGUACAUGCACAACUGCAGGCAUAUGUUAAAUUGUAUCAGUGCCCCCUUAGCGCAAAUAACACACGAGCAGUAUUUGUCCUUCCAGAGGGAGAUGGCCCUAAAGUGCGCACUCAUCCUGAAGGAUAUUUUUAUAUGCACAAAAUGUAACACCCUUAUUGAUAACAUGCAUGUGAAUGACCUUAACAGAAAUAAAAAUUUACAUUUUGAUGACCAUAUCGGGGGGUUACUCACGGGACAGGAGAAGGGGAUAAUCUUGCAAAUUGUGAAAUAUUAUCUGUUCUUUUUGAGUACCUAUCAGAUUGGGGAGGGGGAGUCCACCAACGCAGUAGCUUCCUUCCAAAAUGAGGAGGAAAAAAAAUCCUACUUUGACAUAUACUUUUAUGUGUGCAAAACGUUGUCCUCAGUGGAAGACAAAACUUUUGUCAUGCAGGCCCUCCAGCAUUACCAGUACUUACUCAGUUAUGCCGCCAAAAAUAAAAUGUACGCGGAUGAGGGAUACAACGAGUACAUGCGUGACGUGUGCAGAAAGUCCAUUUGUGUGUUGCGUGGGAAGAUGCUCGACUUG